AUGAGUGAGAAGGAGUUUCGUGCAGGAAGUGUUAAUUAUUUCAGUGGGAAGGAUUAUCACCGAGUCUUGCUGAAACCUCAACCGAAUGAGAAUAAGGAAAUCAAGGAAUUGGAUGAAAAUAAUGAGGAAAUUGUGGACGAAUGUGAGGUGUGGACUUUAUUCUUUCAUUGGAAACGAGUUAAAAUGUGGGGAUUCCUCAAAGAGGAAGAAACCUCUCCGGAUGGAUGGAAAUUCAAUCAAUACAGCAAGACAGUGGAAGAUAUGGAUGGUGCUUGGUGGAAGGAUGAAAUCAAAGUAAAGAAUUAA